AUGCUCGCAACCGACAUCACGGACGUGCUUGGCACCGUGCAGGGCCCAAGUGCACCGCCGAGCGCCUUGCCCGUCUCGCGCUGGAAGCGGCCCAACGUGUGGCUCGGCAGGGCGAUCCCGCUCCUUCUGCUGGUCUUUGCGGUGCGCGGCUACUCACUCGUGCUCCUCGAAAUCAUUCCGCUCCUUUGGAGUCGGCGGCCGGCCGUCGCGGCGCUCUACUCGGCGGCAGUGCACCUUCUUCUCGUCAUGACGGGCAUCUCGUACUUCAUGGUCUACUUCCUGCCGAUCAAGCCGCCGUCGGUCAAGGAGCCGCCCCCUUCUGUCUUUGCGUGCGACGGGGCCGGCGAGCCCUUGCGCUGCUUCAGGGACGGCUGCGACGGCGCCUGGCAGUCGACCCGCACCCGACACUGCCGAGAUUGCGGCACCUGUCGGCCCAACUUCGACCAUCACUGCGCAUUCGUCGCCAACGACGUGUGCUGCUCGACCCUCAAGCCGUUCGCGUGCUUCCUCGCGUACGCCGCCGCCCUCCUCGUCAUCGCGCUCGUCCCGUUCGCGCCACUACAGUGGAAGGCAUGCCGGGAGGUCGUGAGCGAGACGUGGUGGAGCGACGAGAUGCGAGAGCGGUGGUGGAGCGGCUGGCGAGGCUGGGUCGGUGGGCCGGUGUAUCGCUACGCAGGCGCCCUCCUCCUCGGCUACCGCCAAUACCAACUCUCGGUCGACGACCGACCUCUCGUACUUCGCGACGGGACUCUGCGCGAGAUCGACUCGCGCGAGGCGGCGCUCUACCCGCACCUCGUCGUCCCGUCGCUCAGCAUGCUCUUCGUCACCUUCUUCGCGAGCUUCAUCUCGGUCAUCGCGCUCGUCAUGCUCUACGUCGUCGCGCGCAACGCUCGCCAAGGCCGCACCUCGGUCCAGGGCGAGCGCAUCAAGCUGCACCGCUCGACGACAUACGACGCUCGACUGCGCCUGUGGGUCCCGCUGCCCGAGGGCGGUGGAGCCGUCGUCCUCGUCGAGCCCGAUCACGACCUGUUCGACCUCGGCGCCGAGGAGAACUGGACGAGCCUCAUGGGUGACAGCUGGCUCGAGUGGGCGCAGCCGUGGAUCACGAGCCGGGUGUCUGACUUUGCAAUGAAUCGACAAGCGGUGCACGAGCUCGAGGCGCGGGCGAGAAAGGAGCUGUAGAACCGUGCGCCCUCUAGAUGCAGUGCAAGUCUACCGCGCCUCCUCCUCGUCUACGAGCUCGAGGUCCUUCGUGAGCAGGCAAUGCGGCGCGCCGUCCUCGAGAAACUGGCCCGGCUGCCGCUCGUAGCCCGACCUCGCGUAGAAGCCCUCGGCGUGCACCUGCGAGUGGACGAGGACGCGCACGCUCU